AUGCCAAUUCCUGUGUACUGGUAUCCCCCCUUCAAUGCUGUCAAGCUCAAUGUGGAUGGUGCAUGUAGGGGGAAUCCUGGGUCUGGGGAUGGAGGGGGCAUUAUUAGAGGUUAUGAUGGUCGGAUUCUCGCUGCUUUUGCUAACUUUUAUGGGGAUUGUACCAAUUCCAUUGUAGAAAUUAGAGCAUUGAGGGAUGAUCUCCAAAUUUGUGCUGAGAUGGGGUUUUCCUAUUUUCAUGUUAACUCAGACUCUACCAUGGUUGUGCGUUGUACUUCCUCGAAAAGAUGCAAUCUUUGGAAAGGCUGGUAUUGGUUCCACGAAAUUCAGGUUUUGAUUGAUUCGCUCCGCCCAAUGAUCACUUUCACCUGUAGAGAAGGUAACAGUGUAGCCGAUUGGCUGGCAAAUUGA